AUGCCCCGUGUAAAUACCCUGAUUGUGGAGAACCUUACAAAGUUCAAGCGAAGAUGGUUUAUCAAACAAACUAAAAAGGCUGCAGCUGCUGCGAAAGCCAAACCCAUCGAAGAGAUCAAAACCCAGACCUUUAGUGACAUCUUGUUGAAGAGGAAAGAGGAUGCCAUUAGGAAAGACUUGCCCCAUUUCAAAGUAGGUGAGAAGCAGGUCUAUUUUCCCAAGGCUCGUGUGAUCUUGUUGAGACCCAACGCCAAACAUACCCCAUACCAGGCCAAAUUUAUUGUGCCAAAAGCUUUCAAUAGAUUGGAUUUGAGAGACUACUUGUAUCAUGUUUAUGGAUUGAGAGCGUUAAAUGUUACAGUGCAACUAUCCCCAGGUGUUUACAAAGGACACCCAGGUACUCCACGUUACAGGGCCAGUCAAAUCAAGAAGAUGACCAUCGAAAUGGAGGACCCCUUCAUUUGGCCAGAACAAACAUUUGAAGAGAAUAAUGAGAUUGACGAUCAAGAAAAAAUGAUGAUUGAGUAUGCUCAAGUCAUGAGAAAUUACAACGAUGAAGUUAUAGGGAGAACGAGAAGCGAUUUGGCCAAACCCAUCAAAUCAUUUGGAGGGAUGAUUCAUCUCCCUGACUAUAUCAAGAGCCAACCAUUUGUGCCUAAAUUUGCUAAAAGAAGAUUACAGAAUAAAGUGGAAAAGGCUGAAGAAUACCAUAAACUUGAGAGAGAAAAGAAAAUUAUUGAAAACUAUCUCAAAUCAAAAAACAAAUUGGAUUUCAUUUAA